AAUACGAACUGUUUGCUUACUUUACUCUUUUUCGCCGAGGAAAAAUCGGGCAUGGCCGAGACUGAGAGCCGAGCACCUCACACGAAACGACACGAGGAACACCAAAACGACGAUUUUCAAGGAGAGGGCGAUGGAGAAGAAGAGGAAGAGUUGGAGGACGAAGAGGAAAAAGGAGUGAGUCGAGUCACUGAGUCAGACGGUGCUGGAACAGCGCUUUCGAGUGAUACUGGAUUGAGAGAUUUUCAAUUGAAAACUCUGGCGAAUGAUGAUCGUUCUGAGGGGUUACCGGUGAAAUCUAACUCGGAACCAAAGGAAGGAGCUGAAUUUAAGGAGAAAGUUGUCACAGCCCACCGGGAAGGUUCCACUACUUUGGCCAUCCAGAGUGCUGAAGGUUCUACACAAAAUCAGCUUCAAUCAUUUGUUUCUCCAACUUCUUUGGCACAACUAUCACCAACUUCUGUUACACAAGGUAUAUCAUCUGCUCUCACUCCACCUCUACAAGAACAAAGCCUUUCAGAUCAGAAAGUUAAUGGUGCAUCUGCGCCAGAAGCAAACCAGCAAAAAUCUUAUAAUCUUAAAAUGGUAUCUGUUGUUCCCAUUGUGAAGAGACCUGCAUCUGAUGGUUACAAUUGGAGGAAAUAUGGUCAGAAGCAAGUGAAAAGUCCUAAAGGUUCUCGAAGUUAUUACAAAUGCACAUUCUCUGAUUGUCAGGCCAAAAAGAUAGAAUGUUCGGAUGACACUGGCCAUGUAAUAGAGAUUGUUAAUAAAGGCAUGCAUAGUCAUGAACUGCCACGGAAAAAUAACCCGCAUAGGGAAAGUAAGAAAGUAUCCUCCAGUGUACAUGCUUCACACAAUAUUGUUACAGCCCAGCCCAUCAAAGUACUUAACGAUUCUGAUCCAUUCACAUCCUCUAAAGAAUCUGUACCAGAAACAACUGUGAAUCCUGAAAGAAAAAGACCAUGUUCAAGUGGCUCUGAUGGAAAUGACAAUGUGCAAGUGAAGGAAGAGCUUAAUAGUGAACCUGAGCUAAAAAAACGGGAAGCAUUCCUGAUGAAGAAAAGCAAUACGGUUUGUUCUGAUUCUGUCCUAAAAACUUGGAAGAAACCUAAGUUUGUUGUCCAUGCAGUUAGUGAUGUAGGGAUUUCAGGUGAUGGAUACAGAUGGCGAAAAUAUGGCCAGAAAAUGGUGAAAGGAAAUUCUAAUCCCAGGAACUACUAUAGAUGCACUUCUGCCGGGUGUCCUGUACGUAAGCAUAUUGAGACAGCUGUAGAUAAUAAAAAUGCUGUCAUUAUAACAUAUAAAGGUGUUCAUGAUCAUGACAUGCCCGUACCCAAGAAGCGACAUGGCCAACCAAAUGCUCCUCUUGUUGCCGCUGCUGCACCUGCUUCUAUGAACAACUUACAACUCAAAAAAACUGAUGAAGGGCAAAGCCAAGUUACAUCAACCCAGUGGUCAGUAGGUACAGAAGGUGAAUUAACUGGUGAGGCCCUAGAUCUAGGAGGUGAGAAGGCAAUCGAAUCAGCUCGAACACUUCUGAGUUUUGGAUUUGAAAUAAAGCCAUGCUGAACUCAAAGGAGCUUUUGUGUUGUUAAUAUCUGGCAUGUCUGUAUAAAUACUGAAUGGUCAGGUUUGAUUUUCUUAUUUCUAGUUUUCCUUAAGCAUUGCUGUAUGCUUUUCUGUUGUAUCCCCUCUCAAUCUAGUAGGAGCUAGGAACAAGGUUAUUAUAGUUGUGGAAACAAUAUAGAUUUUAUCCCUUUUCUUGUCUCCUUAGUUGGAACCAUGUUUCAA